AUGGGAUACAAGGCCGGUAUGACCACCAUCGUCCGGGACUUGGAUAGACCUGGCGCCAAGAUGCACAAGAAAGAGAUUGUCGAAGCCGUCACCGUGAUUGAGACACCUCCGAUGAUUGUCGUUGGUCUGGUUGGCUACAUCGAGACUCCUCGCGGUCUCCGAUCCCUGACCACCGUGUGGGCGGAGCAUUUGGGCGACGAGCUCAAGCGUCGAUUCUACAAGAACUGGUACCGAUCGAAGAAGAAGGCCUUCACCAAGUACGCCAAGAAGUACUCAGAGAACAAGUCGACCUCAGUCACUCGUGAGCUUGAGCGCAUCAAGAAAUACUGCACGGUCGUCCGUGUCCUCGCCCACACCCAGAUCCGUCAGACUCCGCUCAAGCAGAAGAAGGCGCACUUGAUGGAGAUCCAGAUUAACGGCGGCAGCAUCGCUGACAAGGUCGAGUUCGGCCAUGGUCUGUUCGAGAAGCCGGUUGAGAUCGACACCAUCUUCGAGCAGGAUGAGAUGAUCGACUGUAUCGCCGUCACCAAGGGUCACGGCUUCCAGGGUGUCACCAGCAGAUGGGGAACCAAGAAGCUGCCCAGAAAGACUCACAAGGGUCUGCGAAAGGUCGCUUGUAUCGGUGCCUGGCAUCCUUCGCACGUCCAAUGGACGGUCGCCCGUGCCGGUCAAGACGGUUACCACCACCGUACCUCGGUGAACCACAAGGUCUACCGUAUCGGCAAGGGCAAUGACGAGAAGAACGCUGCCACCGAUUUCGAUAUUGUCAACAAGCAAAUCACACCAAUGGGUGGCUUCGUCCGCUACGGUGAGAUCAAGAACGACUUCGUGCUCGUCAAGGGUUCCGUUCCUGGUGUCAAGAAGAGAGUCAUCACCCUCCGAAAAUCCAUGUUCCCCCACACUUCCCGCAAGGCUCUCGAGAAGGUCGAGCUCAAAUGGAUUGACACUUCGUCCAAGUUCGGCCACGGCGCCUACCAGACUCCUCAAGAGAAGAGACAAUUCUUGGGUACGCUCAAGAAGGACCUCGUUGCUUCGUCGUAA